AUGCAAGACUCCUAUGGCGUCAAGAGGAGAGACACCACAAAGGGCCCUCCUUUGCGCGUGCUUUCCCUAGACGGGGGUGGCGUUCGCGGUUACUCGAUGCUCAUCAUCAUCCAGGAACUGAUGCACAGGACGUUUGUCGAAACAGAAGGUCGCGCGCCACGAAGACACGAGAUCCCGAAACCAUGCGACCAUUUCGAUCUGAUUGUCGGAACAGGGACAGGCGGUCUCAUCGCGCUCAUGCUCGGCCGCUUGCGACUCGACCUCGAGACAUGUAAGGAGCUGUACGUGCGCCUCACGCGCAUGGUCUUCCAAACGGACAAAACGAUUGCAGGAAUUCCCUACCGUUCAACACUGUUCAAGGCCAGCAAACUCGAAGAGGCGAUUCGCGCGUGUGUCCGGGAGCAUACAGUCUACGAAAAAGAGGGCAAUGACGGCGUUGAGCCUACUCUGUCCAACCCACUCAGUGCAGCGUCUCGUUCGAGUGCUGCAGGCGGUCCAAGGCGGCAUACGAGUAACGCCAGCACUGUGAGCUUCAGUGCGAGGAGUCCCGCAGCGCAGAUGCAGGAGCCGGUGUGGAGGAACUCGUCACAUGGCGACGCCAAUGCGAGGCUCUACGAUGCUCGCGACAAUAGGACUAAAACAGUUGUAACUGCGGUGUACAAGGGCUCACCCCGAGGCGCCCCUCCUGCCAUGCUUCGCUCUUACGAUUCGCGCAAGGAGCCACCGCCCGAGUUCGACUGCAAAAUCUGGCAGGCUGGCCGUGCAACCUGUGCCAUAGGUCUCGCAUUCAAGCCUAUCCAGAUAGGGCAAUCGACCUUUCACGAUGACGGUACCGGAACUUUCAACCCUGCGCCAGAAGCACUCGACGAAGCGGUUAUCAAUGAAUGGCCCGGAAGAGAGAUAGGCUGCUUUGUGUCAGUCGGCACUGGCAGGAGACCAAAAAGCAGUGGCGCAAGCCAAGAGCAGUGGUAUGAAGGGUUCUUGGGCGAAUUCGCUGAAGCUCGCCGCAGGCUGAUAUCAAAAAUCGAGGGCUGUGAGACGAUACACGAAUACAUGAUGCAGGAGCAUCUCGGCAAGCGCAACGUCAACCCCGACAACUACUACCGCCUCAAUGUUGAGAUUGGAGUCGGCGAAUUCGGGAUGAAUGAGUGGAACAGGCUAGGAGAAAUCAGCACUGGAACCAGGAGAUACAUGGGCAAGCCUGAUGAGCAGCGCAUGGUCCAAGGCAUCAGCUCGAAACUCGCAAAGAUCCUGAAGGCCAGAAUUCGCUGGGAGCGAGCUCUCCAGCACCCAGAGGUUCCUCGCAUCAGGAGGCCCCCGUCCAUGACGUGGGAAUCUCCACCAGCGGCAGUCGAACUACCUGGCGACAUGCCAACAAAUCCCAUGCCAUUACCUCCACGCAGCCCGGCAGCGAGCCGACAGUCUUUCGAUUCUGGGACCGAUAGUGUUCAUUUGGCUUCUGCGCAUCCAUAUUCACCUCGGUCUUCCUAUGACAAUCAGGACUCCCACCGUUCUCACCAUUCGGCUUCCUCGCCACCUCCCUUGGGACAAAGACCUCCUCCGCCGCCUCCAGAACACGAGAAACCCAAUUUCCGUAACGAAGACGAAGACAAGUUCAUUGUGACGGCACCAACGCCUGGUCAGUACCAAACCGCGUCGGGUGCCGACAAAAUCGCGAUCAUGAGUCCAGACGAGCACCCCAGGCCCUCUCAGCCUCACCCAAUGAGUGCCUUUCCCCACCAGCGCAUGGAACCACCUCCUCUGCCGCCAAAGACGCCGCUACCUGACCACCAGCAAAAUGGCCGACGUCCCAUGCCAAAGCAGGACCCCCCAUAUCCAAUAUAUGAUGAGGCACCUCCGCCCGUCAACAUGGCACAGAAGCCUACGUACCGACGGUAG